AUGGUAGCGUCAGCCCCCGCAUUGGAUAAAAUCGAUGCGGGAUAUAACCUCGUUCGAUUUAACAGUACCGUUGGUAAUCCGACGCCAUUUGGUGGUACCCCACGACCGGAGGUCGACAACGCCUGGUCAGCCGUGGACCAAGUUCGCGUGCAAAGUAUAUCACACGAGGAACUGGUGCGCAUCGGCGGCUCGGUGGAUGAUGUGAGAUUGCCUGAAGAACUGGGAGGAGGAUACAUGGCAUCGGACAUGUAUACUCAUGAACUCCACUGCCUCAACUUCCUCCGGAAGGCAACAUAUCCCGAGUACUACAACCAGUCACACGGAUUCACAGAUCUGCCACAUGUCGUUCGACUGCAUCUAGGUAUGACAAUUCCCAUCUUAUCCCAAAUUUCGGAAUUGCGUCUCGGCAAGAUCGCAUCUGCUUACUCUGCUCCACCAACAGACCAUUGUAUUGAACUGCUGCGGCAAUUUGUUGUCUGCCAGGGGGAUGUUGGGCUCUACACGUUCCAGUGGCUGGAGCAAUAUCCGACUCCUUACCCCAAAUUCAGUACUUGGCAUCAAUGUCGCAACUCUGACUCAAUUGAAGCCUGGAUCACGCAAGGGGCCGCUCAAACACCUGCCAACUAUACCUGGCCACGUGUACCUGGAUCGGUGGUAUUUCCUCGGCCGGACUCUGACUGA